AUGCCAGACCUAGAGACGACGAAAGCGACACUUUCCGUGACCGAUAUCGCCGCCUUGAACGAUGCGGAGCUCGCCCAGUUCAUGCAGAAACACCGCAGCCACAAUGGCGAUUUUGACCUACCCGUCGACGGCUGGGACAAGCUUUCAAAGCUUGGCCGGAACCGGCUCGCGGAGAGACUGAAAGCGCAAGAACGGAUCUUGUCCCAAAACCCUGCGGGUAACUCCCGCGCGCUCGAUCUUGAUCGACUUGACGCACGCCUACGUCAAGUUUCCGAUGGCGACAACAUUGUACCACAAGUUCUACGCAUGCAAACGCCGCCGUAUUCCGAAGAGGACGAACUGCGUGACCGGAUAGACGACGAGACCGACGCGUACAACGAUCUUGUGCGUGACGGCGGCCGUCCACUAUACCCGAUCAGCCUUAUUGACCUGGUUUCUCAGAACCCUGAGAAACACCACGACAUGCUGCGGCCAUUUUGGGCCUAUCCUCGUGACACUCAACCCUCAUGGUCGGUAUUCCGCAGACAACUGAAGAGGUGGCGGGAUUUCCGCAAAUGGCAGGUCGACAACCGGGGCCUUGAAGACGAAGACGGCGGCUUUCCUGCGUUUGUCGAGAUGAUGAAGCGAAUAUACACAAAAUGCGCGUAUGAGGAUGGGCUAGCCAAGAUCGAAGCCGAUCCGUCGUGGCUAAAGUCGGAAUGGUUAGACGACCAAAGGAUACGCAGGUGGCAGCGACACCACCAACGGGAGCGCGGCUGCAACGGCUUCUCCGACUACGUCGAUGCAGUGAAGCGCCGCCUGACACGACACGGAUUUACACGACCAUUCGAGCUGCAAGAGGACCCCAAGCAGCAAGACAAGCUGACAACAUGGAUCGAAUACCUAUGUUUUGAGUACUGGUGGCUUGAUCGGUACACCGACUCUAUCGAGCGCCUGCAGCCAGACCACGACAAACGCUGGCAGGAGCUGGUGGACAAAGAGAUACCAAAGCCUCACGAGACCAAGGAUUUCAUCCGGACCACCCCGUCUUCGAUGCAGCGCCAGAAAGAAGAUGACCGAGUAUGGGAGGCUAAAGUGGCGGCAGAAGCGGAAGCCAGUCGGGUCUAUUUCCUAACGCAGAAAGAUCCCCGCCGUCUGAGUAUUCCAGAGGAGAGGCGUAAGCGGAUGCUGCACGCCGCUACAAAGAAGCUGGUGGCUGCGAAGAAACUGUACGAGUCGACCAAACGACGGAACGAUCUCGUUACGGACUUCAUCCGGGCGACAUUCGAUUACGUGAACGCCGAAAAGGAUGCGGCCGGUCACGCUACCCUCACGCAAUGGGUCCUGGAGCAAGUUUCUCUGGUCGAGGCCGAGUUGAUCCAAGCAAAAAUCACCGAGGCCGGUCCCGAUACGAAGAACAAAAAGAGAAAGCGCGCCCAGGAUGAGGACAGACCAGAAAAACGGAGUUCAAAGAAGCGGAAGCCAGGCCACGGAGAAAUUUCUCGCCUUUCACAGAGCAGUCGGACAGGCCUGGCAAAUUUGGGUGAGGCUUCUCAAAGCCCUCCUCGUACUAUGUCGGGCAAGAACUGUAUGGCUCGAGACGAGGCCCCGGGCGCACAACGGAGGCAGGCAGACUCUACGCGUUUGGUUCGGUCCAUGGAUGCCUCUCCGGCGCCCACCCGAGGACUGCGUCGCAGCGCAAGGAUCGCAGCACGACUGAACAAUUCGCAGCCGACUCUCGCCACUACGCUUUCAGGAGAUUUGCCACCAAAAUUACGACCAAAGACUCGCCGAAGUACCAAGAAUUCAUACGGCUCCCGGGGCCCGGAAGCUUCUGCGGCGUCAAAGAUUGAAAACAGGAAGCGAGGCAGUAGAGUCCAAGCCGGCAGAGUGUCGAAGAGGCUUGGCGCUAGUGGCAGGUGA